UUUGGUUUGGUGGAAAAUAAAUAACACAUUUUCUCGAGAAAAUCACAACCCAGCUCAAGCAGCAACAAAUUCAUGGCGGGAGCAGAAGGGUUCGUUGAAGCAGAUAAUGCAGAGGCCAUUAUUACCAGAAUUGAACACAAAUCCCGCAAGAUCGAAACCUUACUCAAACAGUAUAAACCCGUGGAAGCCCUUAAAACUGCCCUUGAAGGCACAUAUGCCAUGACUGGUGAUGAGCGUUGCAAGUCAGCACAUUGGAUUGCGGUGCAUAGAGCUAUAAUGGCUAUAAAAGACGUGGAUGGGAUGCUUUCUUCCUUGGAUCCUGAGUACUAUGAUAUCCUAAUGAAGUACUUGUAUAGAGGCUUAGCUACUGGAGAUCGUCCGACAUGCGACCAAUGUCUUCGGAUUCACGAAAAAUUGACAGAGAGAGCAGGGCUGGGUUGCAUCCUACGUUUCCUAACUGAUACUGUAAAUACAGUUUGAUAUCUGGACCACCUUUUUCUUGGAAUUUUUUGUUCUUUCCCUUUGUUGUUUUGAUUUAUCUUAUGAUGUGUUUGUAUGACGACAGCAAUCAAAGUAGUGAAAUAUCAGCGAAAUAUAUUAAUAUUGAAAUUUGCAAGACUAGUGGUUUUGCUAGUCUGAAAUUGUUUAUAAUUCAAACUAAGAUGAUUAUAACUUU